UCGUAGCUGCGGAACGCCGGAAUCCGUUUCAAUUCAACAAAAAUUUCAUUUGACGCCAAUUUUUUUUUUGCUGUUCGCCUGUUCCCCCUCUCUAGAGAGAGAGAGAGAGAGUGAGAUUCCACUUGUAGAAAACUGUACACCCCUUUCUCUCUCCUCUCUUUUACCGAUUCCCCCCUGCAUGUCUCACCUUCUCCAGUCGCCGAUUCUACGCGCAGAAGAGAUGGGGCUCUAGGUUUCUGCCUACUGCGAACGCCGAAGGAGAGAGCCGUACGACAUUCCACCGAUUAGGGAUUUUCACCGGGGAAGAAGGUCGCUCCCCUGCCCCUUUUCCGGUCCUCCCGAAAUUCCGGCUUUCUCGUCAGGGUUCGCGGAAGAUUUUGCUCCUUUUGUUUCUGUUUCGGGGGAGGAGAAGAAAUGGUGCUUUUGGAAGACGAUGAUGAUAUCUGCUGGAACAGUGAUGACGAGCGGGAGAUUGAGGCUUACGGUGCUCCACUGUCACCGUCGAGUUUUCAGAUUAGUGCGGCUGUGACUGGGAGAGAACAGGAUGUCUCCAUGGUGGGUUCCUCUGGCACUAAAUUGAUGGAUCGGUUCCUCAGAAUGGGGUUCCCGGAGAAACUGGUGUUUGAAGCUAUUCAGGAAAAUGGGGAGGAAAAUGAAGAUGCGAUUCUUGAAACUCUUCUGAGGGAAAGCCCAUCCUCCUCGAGCCCUGCUGAAACGUCUAAUGGCUCCAAGGUGAUUGAUCACUUUGUUGGCAUGGGUUUCUCCAAGGAGAUGGUUGCCAAAGUGAUUCAGGAGAUCGGGGAGGAAAAAACAGACUCUAUACUGGAAACUCUGCUCACAUACUCGGCCAUUGAAGAACCUGCUGAGGAUCAGCCUACUCUGGACUCUGAUGCUGAAUUUGAAGGAAGCUUUCUGGAUGAAUUUUCAGAUUUUGAUAGUUGUGAGAGUGAGGUUAAUGUAAAAAUCGAGCCUGAUGAAGAUGACACUGUCUCUUCCCUUGUAAAGAUGGGAUACACAUCAAUCGAGGCUGCAAAAGCAAUAGAGAGAUGUGGUCCAGAUGCCACAGUGGAGAUGCUCACUGAUUUUAUUUGUGCUGCUCAGAUGGCAAGGGAAGCAGAUGCUUUGUUCCCAGAUGAAGAGUCGAAGCCAAACUUGUUGAAUAAUAAGCUGAAGAAGAGGAGCUAUCUGGACAGAGACCUUCAGCGGAAAAAACAGAGGAUGAUCACUUCUGAAGAUGAUGAGAUUCUCAGCCUUCCAAACCCGAUGAUUGGCUUUGGUCUUCCAGGAGACAUACCUCGGAAGAUUCAUCGGAAGAUUCCUGCUGGACCUCCCUACUUCUACUACGAGAAUGUAGCUCUAGCGCCGAAAGGAGUCUGGCAGACGAUUUCACGUUGCCUCUACGACAUUGAGCCAGAGUUCGUAGACUCAAAACAUUUCUGUGCUGCUGCAAGGAAACGAGGCUACGUCCACAACCUCCCCAUUGAAGGAAGAUUUCCACUUCUUCCUAUUCCUCCACAGACCAUUCACGAUGCUAUCCCCAUUACAAAGAGAUUUUGGCCCAGAUGGGAUCCUCGUGACAAGCUCAACUGCUUGCAGACCGCAUAUGGUAGCGCCAAGUUGACCGAGAGGAUCCGGAAGGCGGUUGAGCAGUACGAUGGAGAUCCGCCAGAAAGGAUACAGAAGUGGGUUAUGUACGAGUGCCGCAAGUGGAAUCUCGUUUGGGUGGGGAAGAACAAGGUUGCACCACUUGAGCCUGAUGAGGUUGAAAGUCUACUGGGGUUCCCAAAAAAUCACACGAGGGGUGGAGGGAUUAGUAGGACAGACAGAUACAAGUCGCUCGGCAACUCGUUCCAGGUUGACACAGUUGCCUUCCACCUGUCCGUGUUGAAGGAGAAGUUUCCGAAGGGUCUCAAUAUGCUGUCUCUCUUCUCCGGGAUUGGUGGUGCUGAAGUGGCUCUCUAUCGGCUUGGAGUGCCAUUGAAGAAUGUGGUGUCUGUUGAGAUUUCAGAGGUGAACCGUGGGAUUAUGAAGUGCUGGUGGGAGCAGACAGGGCAGAAGGGCAUGCUGAUCGACAUUGACGAUGUGCAGAAAGUGACUGCUGAGCGGCUGGAGCACUUGAUGUCUGUUGUUGGAGGGUUCGAUCUGGUAGUCGGUGGGAGUCCAUGCAACAACCUAGCUGGUAGCAACAGGCACCACAGGGACGGCCUGGAGGGGAGAGAGUCUUCUCUGUUUUACGAUUACUGUCGUAUUCUUGAAGUGGUGAAAAAUCUAACAGCUGCUAGAGCUAACUAGUGGACUUUCCUCCCCAUCUAACCUGUGGAUAGCUUAACCAUGGAGUGUCCAUCGAGGCCUUUUCUUUGUUUCCGGUUCUAUAUAUCUCCUUUUUUGACUGUUCGUUGAUUUGCAAACAAUUAUGCAGAAGUAGAGAUGUCCUGGAAAAGUGUAAAGGUUAAUCUAACUGUCCAUCGUUUAGUGUCCUUUGUUAAGGUUUAUAAUAAAUUUAGUUCAGGUUAUUUUCACAAUUUACCAGGUAUUGGUGCCUUGUGGCAAGGGGAAACAGUUGUUGAUCGAUAGUCUAUUGACUCGGUCUGUAGCUACUAUUGUUCUGCAACACUGAAAGUCUUCCAGAUCUGUAGUCUGUACAACAGAGAAUCAGAUUCUUCUGCAGGGAUGGUGAUUGAAGAAGCUGUCAAUGGGAGGGAUGACAUGUUGAUUGAUGGUCAAAUGGGUGACCAGGUCCUCCCAAGUGGAUUCAACCCUAAUUUUCUGAAACUUUACUAUGCAAAACUCUUCCCUUAUGGAGAUAUCUUCAGAUGGAUGUCUUACGGAAAUGAUGGAAAACAUCCUGCUUGUGACAAAUCUUACUUCGGCAGGAGAGAGCUUUCUUUCACCCUUGAGAAUGAUAUUUAUCUGCGGUUUCUGUCCUUCAACAGCGUAUCAGAAUUGGAGAAAGGCAUCAGGGAGAAGUGUCCAUUUAAAAUAGACAUUGGUCCUGUUUACAGCGUGGAUCCUUCCAAAAGACAUGCUUAUGCCCAGAGUGGUGAGAAUGUUUUCAAACCAGUGGAGAGGGAGCUCAUCUUUGACAUUGAUAUUACAGACUAUGACGAUGUCAGGUAUUGCUGCUCAGGUGCUGAUGUGUGCCUGGACUGCUGGCCCCUGAUGACUGCUGCUAUCAAAGUUAUCAACACUGCCCUAAGAGAUGACUUUGGUUUCAGACAUAUUCUCUGGGUUUACAGUGGCCGGCGUGGUGUACACUGUUGGGUUUGUGAUGGGAAAGCAAGAAGGUUGACUAAUGAGCAGAGAGCAGCUAUUGCUGAUUAUUUUCGCGUAUACAAGGGUAGCGAGAACAGUAAGAAAAAGGUUUCUCUGACCGGCCAUGCUCUUCAUCCUUUCUUGGUGAGAUCUUACACAGAAGUUCUAAAGGAUUUAUUUGAGCAAACAUUGCUCUCCAGUCAGCAAAUUUUUUCAACUGAAGACAAAUGCGAGAAAGUUCUAGAGAUGAUUCCAGAUGAAUCUGUUGCUGCUGAGCUCCGAGGGAGGUGGCAGAAGAGGUCCUCUUGUUCAAAAGACGACAUUAAUGCUGUUCGAUGGGAGCAUCUGAAGCACACUCUGCAAUCUGGAAGACACAAGGGACAAGGCCUACGUAGGUGUGUUGAAGAAAUUGUGUUCUCUUUCUCCUAUCCCAGGCUAGAUAUGGAGGUCUCCAAACACAUGAACCACUUGCUGAAGGCACCAUUUUGUGUUCACCCGAAAACUGGUCGUGUCUGUGUACCAAUAGACCCAGUCCAUUGCCAUGAAUUUGACCCUACUACAGUUCCAACACUUUCACAGCUGCUACAAGAACUUAACUCAGGGGGAAUGGGGCAGGAAGGGGAUAAUGACUGGGACAGAACAUCACUUGGCGAAUCUGUUAGGUUUUUCCGAUCAUCGUUCUUGGAACCUCUUCUGAAAUCUUGCAAGGAGGAGAUGGAGAGUGCAUACAACUCAAAAUUGCAGCAGUCAAAGAACUCAAUGACUUGGUAGCCCCAUUCUCCUCUUUCCAUCACUCUAGAGGGGAUCCAUGGGAAAUCCAUUUUUCUUCACACUGCUGUGAUGAAUCAAUGCAAUGUAUACAAGAAUCCAGAGGCAGCGUUUUCUACCCAGAAUCUUAAACUGUUAGCCAAGUAUAGUAUCCUUCACAAAGUGAUAGGUUUAACUUUAAAGUGAGGGAUUUUGUAGCAAUAUCUUCAUGAACAUUGCAUUAAACCCUAGCGUGCAGAAAUGAGCAAACCAUUAUCGAUACUUUCGCGUCCUAAUCGAUCGUCUAUGAUCAAUCCAUCCAUUUCUGUAGCAAACAAGGAAAGCUGAGUCAGUG